AGCUCUCAGAGGGAAUUGAGCACCAGGCAGCAGUCUUGAGCCAAGCCCCCUGCCAGCAAGCAUGGCCAGCGAGUUCAAGAAGAAGCUCUUCUGGAGGGCAGUGGUGGCCGAGUUCCUGGCCAUGAUCCUCUUCGUCUUCAUCAGCAUUGGGUCUGCCCUGGGCUUCAACUACCCGGUGGGGAGCAACCAGACAGCGGUCCAGGAUAACGUGAAGGUGUCACUGGCUUUUGGGCUGAGCAUCGCCACGCUGGCGCAGAGUGUGGGCCACAUCAGCGGUGCCCACCUCAACCCGGCUGUCACGCUGGGGCUGCUGCUCAGCUGCCAGAUCAGCAUGCUCCGGGCUAUCAUGUACAUCAUCGCCCAGUGUGUGGGGGCCAUCGUCGCCACCGCCAUCCUCUCGGGCAUCACGUCCUCCCUGCCCACGAACUCGCUCGGCCGCAAUGACCUGGCCCCUGGUGUGAACUCGGGCCAGGGCCUGGGCAUCGAGAUCAUUGGCACCCUUCAGCUGGUGCUGUGCGUGCUGGCCACCACCGACCGCAGGCGCCGCGACCUGGGUGGCUCGGCCCCCCUUGCCAUUGGCCUCUCUGUAGCCCUGGGACACCUGCUGGCGAUCGACUACACAGGCUGUGGCAUUAACCCUGCUCGGUCCUUCGGCUCUGCAGUGAUCACCCAUAACUUCAGCAACCACUGGAUUUUCUGGGUGGGGCCGUUCAUCGGGGGAGCCCUGGCGGUGCUCAUCUACGACUUCAUCCUGGCUCCACGCAGCAGCGACCUCACAGACCGAGUGAAGGUGUGGACCAGUGGCCAGGUGGAGGAGUACGACCUGGACGGCGAUGACAUCAACUCCAGGGUGGAGAUGAAGCCCAAGUAGAGGGGUCCUGGCCCGGGCAUCCACGUGGGGGCGGGGCAGGGGCGGGCGGAGGGGGGGAUGAAAUCCAUACUGUAGACACUCUGACAUGCUGGCUGAAGUCACUUCCUGAAGAUCUGCCAGACCUGCAUGGUCGAGCCUCAUUUAGGGGUGUUUCUAUCACUUUCUUUCUCUUUCUCUGUUUCCUGGCCUCGGAGCUUCCUGGGGACCAAAGUUUACCAAUUCACCCACUCCCUUGAAGUCAGAGGUGAAAGAGAGGGACCCACCUGCUAGCUGUCCCCUCAGAGUGUGAUGGGAGGUGUGCCAGGAAGUCCCCCCUCAUCCCCAAGUUGCUCACCAACUCACCUGCCGCAGGUGCCUGGGGAUCCGCCAUUAUUGCUUUGUGCCUUUGGGCAUAGCCCUCCUUCUCCUAACAUGUGCCUUGCCCCCAAGGGUGCUUUGAGGGUGAAGAGCUCCCAGGAGGUGCAGUGGGAGGGGGCAAGUUGCAGACAAGCUCGCCCCUUCAGUUUGGCUCCCAGGGCCCUCCUCCUUGGAUUUGCUGCAUGACCUUGGAAUCGUCCCUAUCUCAGGGCUUCAGUGGCUCUAUCUGUAAAGUGGCAGGGACGGGAAGAGCUAUAUGGGCCUGAGGGCCCUGUGGGAUUCUAUAAGUAUAGUCACAUGAUGGGUUUUAGAAGAUGUAGUCUAGACCAGCGCUGUUUCUUCCACAUGCCCUGUGUUCUUUGCCCGAGUACAGAGCAGUGUCCACGUACCUAUGUGCACAUGUGUGCACAUGCAGACAAGCUUCAGAGCAGAAAUUGACCAUCUAGGUGGUUGGAAGUUCCUGUUUGCUGCAGAGAGGCUUCCCCAGACAGGGCCCGCUGUUGCAGAGUGAAGGCCAGUCAGAGCGUGCGGGAGGAGAGCCGUGUUCUUUCAGGGAGUUUUAGUUGGUCUUUCCACCCAUCACUGCCUCAUCUUGCUCUUGCCAGUGUAGACAUAGGUCACCAUGAUGCGGCUGUGUGUUUAUUGAAGAGUAUGUGGGUCAUCUGAAGCCCCACGUCUGAGGGCAGAAUGACCCUGAUACAGAUCAACCCAUGGAGGAAAAUGCCUCUGCUGGGCCUGUGGGGGGGUGCCAAGACCCCAGCUGAUCCCUUGUUCACGGGCUCCUGGUCAGAGGCAUCUGGGGUGGCUGCGGAACCUGCACAGGCUUGCUGGGUGACCCCAGGCCACAGAUCUCCCUCCUUACUGACCUGGAGGGGAGAGGGCAGCCUUGACCUGGUGUGGUAGCUAUUGCCACAGCCCAAGGACAGUUCCAAGCAUGAGUCUCCUUUGGGGGCUGAAGUCUCCCACUCAGCUAUCUACAUAGUCCAUUCCGUUCCACCAGGGCCAGAGCAGCUCCACGACUGUGCCCUCCACCAUGACGGCAAUGAAAACUGAGAGACACAAUCACGCAGGUAUUUCAAAGCAGUGGGACAACCAGGAGGCCCUUGACAGUCACCAGCACAUCACAUCUGCACACUCUCUUCUCCAUUCCCCAGCAGGAAUGUCUAGUCCGUUUAACAGACAAGAAAACUGAGACCCGAGGUCCCACAGCUAGACAAUGAUUGGGCCAGGCCAUGUCUCUGGACUGUGAGGCUGACCCUCUCAUUCCUGUGCCUCAGUUUCUGCCUGGGCAAUGGCCAGCGGC